AUCUCCAUGUGGUUUCAGGAAAUUUCUAGAAAAAUUGAGAAAUUGUGUGUUUUUAACACAAAACACUAAUCACAAUUAGUAUUGGUUUUUAAUUGUCACAUACCAAAUCUCGUCUUGUGUUCCAACCUCUUCUGAUUCAAUUAUUCUUUAAAUCAAUUGUCAAUUUCAUCGUGAUAAUAAUCCUAAUCUUUUUUCUAUUCUAUACAUUACUUGAUUUAACUCUCUCUCUCUCUCUCACUCUCUUUCUUUCUCUUUCUUCUCUUUCUUUUGAGGUAUUACCUGGAUUCUUUGGAAACCUGUGUUCUGGCGUGUUGAUUUUUGCUGAUUCAACUUUCUCCGAUUGUCAUUGUCUUCUUUAUCCUUAUCUAAAUAAUUUAUUAUCAUCAUAUUCUAAUCACCAUACCAUUUAAAUAUGUCAUCAACUGGUCAACCAUCUACAGCAUCUAUUUGUGGUUUUGAUGUUGGUAGUGAAAACUGUUACAUUGGUAUUGCCGCUCAAGGUGGUAUUGAGAUCAUUUUAAAUGAAUAUUCCCAACGUUCAACGCCCGCUUUUAUAUCUCUAAAUGAUAAGCAGAGAGAGUUAGGUGUUUCUGCUAAACAGAAACAGUUAACCAAUCUAAAUAACACCUUCAAUGGACUUUCUCGACUGGUCGGUAGACAAUUUAAUGAAGUCACCGCCUCUGAGAAUUUGUCAUUUCCUGCUGAACUUUCUGAUACCGGUGAAUUGGCUGUCAAGGUUUGGAUCAAUGAUGAAGAGGUUACAUAUACAGCAACCCAAUUAUUGGCCAUGCUUUUUACCAAAUUACGUCAAGUAGCCAAUAAUGCUGUUGACUGUGUCAUCAAUUGUGGCAAUUGGUUCACUGAUGGUCAACGAAGAGCAUUAAGAGAUGCUGCUAUUAUCGCUGGUCUCAAUCCAUUAAGAAUUUUGAACGACAUGACCGCCGUUGGUAUCUACUAUUCUUUAUAUCGAGUUGGUAAUAAUACUUCAAAUGCUAUCGUUGGUUUUGUUGAUGUUGGUGCAUCAUCAACUCAAUGUGCUAUCAUCUAUUUUGAAAAAACUGUUCUUCAAGUUCUCGCUGUUGAAUACGAGCCUAACCUUGGUGGUAAACAUUUUGAUGCUCUCAUAGCUAAUCAUUUCAUUAAGGAACAAAAUUUAACCUUAUCCAAGAGAGCUUACCUUCGAUUGACCGCUGAAUGUGAAAAACUAAAGAAACAGAUGAGCGCAAACAGCAAUUCGUUGCCUAUUAACGUGGAGUGUCUUCAAGAUGAUAAAGAUUUCUCUGGUCGCAUGGAUCGAACAACUUUCGAAAAAUUGGCAGAAAAUCAUCUCACAGCCAUUGAAAAUGUAUUCAAGCGAACAUAUGAACGAGCAGCCGCUCGAUUCAAUGAACUGUGUGAGGAAAGAAAAAAGCGAGAAGAGGAAAACAAGGAUGCGAAAAAGAGUGAAGAAUCAAAACCAAUGGAGUUCAAGAUUAAUGUUGUUGAAAUUGUUGGUGGUGCAAGUCGAAUCCCAGCAAUCAAGCGAUUUAUCAAAGAUAUUUUUGGUGUUGAAGCUUCGACAACUCUUAAUGCUGAUGAAGCUGUUGCCCGAGGAUGUGCCCUUCAAUGUGCUAUGUUGAGCCCUUCUUUCAGAGUUGCUCGAGAAUUGCAAAUCGUUGAUUACUCAGCAUAUCAAAUUAACUGCAAGUAUUGGCAUGACUCGGAAAAGGAGACAAAAACUCACUCUGUUACUCCUCUUUUCAUCCGAGGAUCACCCAUGCCUUUGGCUCGUCAAAUCAUUGCUACUUGUAGGUCAUUACCAAUGGUAUUUGAAUUAGAAUACAUUUCAGCCAAUGGACACACCACAUCAAUAGGUCAAUUCAAAGUAAUCAGUCGCGAGCCGAUCGAGAUAACUGGAAACAAGUUGAGAGUUCGAGUCAAAUUAGAUGCUGAUGGUUUGGUUUCUGUUGUUGGAGCAUCAAUUCAACUUGAAGAUAAAACUAGUAACCAAGAAGCUAAAGCAAAUGAAAACAUUCCGAAAGAGCAAAUGGACACUGACGAUAACUCUAGAGAUGCAAAUGCUGACCAACAACCUGCACAAGCUGAAGGAUCACAAGAGAAAGAUUCACCUAAGGAAACUAAACAAUCUAAUAAGGUUAAACAUAUAACCGUUGAUCUAGUGGUUGAACCUCUUUGGUUACGAGGUAAACUAUCGGAACAAGAUUUAACCUCAUUACAAGAGACCGAAGCAAAUUUAAUCUUGAAUGAUAAGAAAUGGAAAGAGUUAGUUGAUGCUCGUAAUGAGUUAGAAGAAUAUGUUUACGAAUGGAGGGAUAAAUUGGAAGAAGGAAGAUAUGACUGUUACACCCAACCCAAUGAUAAACAAAGUUUCCUUGUCGAUCUCAAGAGUACCGAGCAGUGGUUGUACGAAGAUGAAGACGCAGGAUCAACCCAGAAACGAACUGUUUACACAGAAAAGUUGAACGGACUCAAAUCUAAAUUCAGUGAUUCAAUUGUUUAUAGAUUACGGGAACAUGAGACUCGUCCCGGUUUUCUUGAACAAUUGGGUAAAAGUGUUCAAAUGGCUCAAAAGUUGAUUUCUACUCCAGAAACAAUCGAUGCUGGUAAAAUGUCCCGACUAAAGGAUGCCUGUGGUGAGACACAGAAAUGGUUUGAAAAUGCUCACUCUAUUUUGGCUCAGGCACCAACACACGCCGAUCCACCGAUUACAGUUAAAGAUAUCAAAGAGCGAAUUGAUAAUAUGGAGAGUGCUAAUCGAGCUGUAAUGGAGGAUAUUCAGAAAAUUCGUUUAGAAAGACAACGUGAAGAAGAUCGUAAAAAGAAAGAGGAAGAAGCUAAAAAGAAAGAAGCUGAACAACAACAACAACAAACUCAAGCCGGCGGAGAUAAACCAACAGAACAAGGUUCUGAUCCACCAAACAAUCAACCCAUGGAAGUUGAUUAAACGAAAGAGAAUUAUUUUUUUUCUCACUCCUGAUUCACAAUUCAUUUACUAUUAACAACUAAAAAGCCUACGAAACUUAUUCUAAUUAAUGGAGUUAAUGUUGGUGAUAUUGAUCGGAUAAUCAUUUUCUUUUCGUUCUGGAUUCUUUGCUUUAAAAUUAAUAAUCUAACUUUAAACAAUCAUCACAAUUAACCGGUCACUUUUUCCUAACUCUUAUGUUUGAUUAUUUUCCGUUCUCUCGUUGUUUCUGUUAACCCUUUUUUUAUUAAUCUAAGCUUAAAUGAACCCAGUGAUUUAAAUGUGAAAAAAUCAAUACACACAGAAAGACAAUUUUUGUCAAUCAUAAUCUAAUUGUAAAUGUCCACCGUUAUCUCAUUCCUGUGAACAUUAGUCUUUUUGUAAUUAACCCAAUUUACUUUCUAUUCAACUUAAUUAAUCCUUUCAAUUUAGAGGCAACAUGAAUUCACCAACUUAAUGUUGAAAAAAGAUCACAAAAUGAAGCCUAUUUGAUUAUCAAUCAAUUUUGAAGUCGACAAAUUGAAUGGCAUUAACAAAUUUACGAUCUACUCUUUUACUAACCACAAGCGUUAAUUCAAUUGAUUUCAGAAAAGUUUAAAGACAAUUUAGGUUCAAAACGGAAACGGAAAGGAUGAGAAAUUCAUCUCCUUAUAUGAAUAAUAUUUACACGAAAAGAAAAUCUGAUUGUAAAAUUGUCUCUUUAUUUUGUUCUUGUCAUUGUAAGAUGAACAAUUAAUCUUAAUUAACCAAACCCACAGAGAGACAGUAAUUAACUGUGAUUAAAUUGUCCUUCGGUUUUUAUAAUAAUCAAAAUAAUUGACAAAAACAAUAACAAUUAAAAAGUAAACAAAGAAACUUGAA